AUGGAUUUGAAAAGAGAUUGGUUACGAUGGAAAAUUACGAUAGGUAGUGGGCCAGGCAGUAUCGUGCUGGAUUUCCCAUCAUUUUUAGUAGGAUGUGCAUUCACAACAAUGAUGGGACCGAUCUUACAAAAGUUUAUAGGUAAACUUUUAGCAGGUUUAAUAACGGUAUGCAAAUUCUUAGUUAUUAUUGGAAGUAUUGUCUUUGUUAUCGGAGUUGUGUCAAAGAAAUACACAUAUGACGAUUUCAAGGUAAGCAUAAAAAGAUCGGGGAAGUCAGAUGAGUUGGAAACUGAACCAAGGAGAGCUGCGAAAACAGCAACUGUUCCAAUGGAAAAAGACGAGGGCGUAGGGUCUUAUAAUUAUUUUGAAAUACCCAUAACGAAGGAAGCGCCUACAAUUCCUUAUAUUAAUUGUGAUGAUACCAACUCACUCAGAAAGCCACCCAAAGGUGCAUCAAGCGUAGGUUUAUCCAACUCCAAUAGAUACGAAAAUUUCAUAAAUAUGGCACGACAUAAGUAG